CGUUAGACAAACACCAGAGCGGGGAUAGUCAUACAUCAUCUGGAUGGAGACUACAAGUUGACUGCAAGGAGAUUCUUUUCUGCUGGAGAGGUUGACGCCAGUGGUGAUUUCCUACAAACUUAUUCUGGAAAGAGAAGGCAUGGAUAUUUAGGUUUGUCCACAACGCGAGUGUUUGUUCGACCAUGGAGUGCAGCCUUUAUUGCCAGAUCUGUUGCAAAAGAUUUGAAGCGGUGCUUCAAUUUAAGCAACAUAUUACUUCAAAAGGACAUAAACAGAUGCUUCAAGAUGUUUUCCAAAAAGAAUUCAUACACUGCACUUACCGGAUACCCUACAUUGCAUUUGUGACUCCAAAGUGCAAAAAUAUUGGGUUUCAGAAACCUGCUGUUGGCCUGUCUCUGAUCACUCUGUGUUUCAGUCAAAAGCCUGAUUUAAGUUUUUACCUCUGCCAUGUUUGUAAGGAUACAUACACCAUGGACACAAUUUUAUGCCACACAUUUUCAGAAUGCCACUGCUUUCACUACUUUGUAUAUACAAACCCAGAUUAUUUAAGUUUCUCCUGGAAACCCGACGUGGACAUGGCGACCGUUAUGGGGUGGAAGCUCAAAAGGGAAAGCAGAAAAUCUGAGCUUCAAACCUUGCGGUUAUUGCAUUUACCCCCGCCGCUCAUUAAGAAGCUCAUGUUAUCAACCUACUCAGAAGUGAUGCAAACCUUACGUGAAAAUGACAAACUUCUUGAGAGGUUUGAAACUGUGCACCAAAACAGGGUGACUCUUCAAGGUUACCACAGCAACCACAACAGACAGCAUCCGCUUCUUGGACUGCAGCACAUUGUUGAAUGCUUUACUUCUGAGCCAGAACCGAAGUACUACCUCUGCACACUGUGCCGGCUUGUGAUUCCCAGCCACACGAUCAUCGGACAUUUACUGAGCUCUGACCACGUACACUUGUAUUUUAAAGCAUGGUAUCCCUCAACACUGACCUCAAACGAGUUGGACAGGAAUAGUUUUCUGCUUGAUUGUGCAAAGCAAGCUGAGAAAAUUCAUGCUGCUGAAAAUGUUUCUGUGCAGCAAGUGGAGCUGCAGCCCGAUGUCUUCAAGUCGGUGAAUUUUGAUUCCUAUUCAGAAGCCUUGAAGAGUCUGGAAUCCGUCACAAAGAGAUGCUUAACUGUAAGCAUUAAACCAGGCGAUAAGAUUGAUCAUCAUCCAGCCUCUGCUCCUUCAACUAAGGAGGUCAAAUGCAUUUUGUACUGCCAGAACUGCUGUACAAGUUUCUCCAAUAUGUUCAAGUACUUGGAGCAUUUAACAAGCAAACAACACAUAAGGAUAAUGCAGGAAAUUUCUCAAGAUUUCACAGGACACUUUUAUGACCGAGGAAAGUUCUACGUGGACCUGUACACGUACAUCAACGAGUCUUUAAAGACAAAUGUGCCACCUGUCGGAACAUCUCUGGUUAUGACGUGUCUCACCUCGGUUUCUAACGAUGACCCAUUUUAUCUGUGCUUCGCCUGUCAGGAUUGGUUUUGUCAGGCUGACAUCCGGAACCAUUUUGAAUCCCGAAAGCAUCUCAUAAGCACUCAGUUGUAUCAGAAUCCCUGGCUGCUGCCUUUUGGCUGGGACGGAGACCUGGACGACGGGACCCUGAGGUGGACGGCAUGGAAGGAGGAACAAAAUGGAGCCCGGAUCAUCUUGAAGAUUUUUGACGUUCCACACUCAGUAUUUCAGUGGCUACUCACAGACACUCGCUACGAACAAGUAUUUCGCAGCCUUCAAGUGCAGUAUCGUGGUUUUAUGCAUAGAGUACCACAGAGGAAGACAUGCAGCAAACAUAAAGGGAAGGAGUUUCCUCUGCUAGGCCAAGAGUUCCUCGCUCUCCACAACGUGGCCUUAGCACCGAACGAGGAGGAUGUAGGAUGCCUGUGUUUGCUCUGUGAAAGGAGGCUGUGCAAAGAGGAAAUCGAAGCUCACGUCUUCAGUCGGGAACACGUAUCAAAGUUUCUGGACUGUUUUCAUCCGGGCUCACUGACUUCCUGUGCUGUCGACGCUGAAACUCUUCUGGACUUGGCAAAGCAGGCAGCAGGGCUUCACCCUCUGUCUUGCAUGCAGAAAAUUUCCUUGGACAAACCAAUGUGGGAUUCAUGCAGUUACCAAGAAGCAAAGAUGUUCUUGACAAAUGUAAAGCGGAUAACGGAUUAUGAAAAUCUUGUACCUCCAAUAAACCCAAUGCGGAAACUGGUUUCCAGGAUCCCUCUGAAACCCACUAACAAACGGCAAAAGACAGAGGACCAGAAAACAUGCACCGUCACUGACACGAAAGAAAAAGGCCUGAAUCAAGAAGAACAGGGUAGUGCCAAGGAGGCACUGUCGAGAGAAACCAAAGAAGGAUCUCAAAAGGUGUGUCUGAAGGACUUAAAAAAUGAAGGAGCGACAGUCCUGCCAGUGAAGUUGAGCACAGAAGAGGCUAUGACUGAAAACCCAAAGGAGAAGGUCGUGGAGAGCCAGAGAAAUACUGAAGAGAAUAACAGUGCUCCGACUAAACCGGAAGCAACCCAACAACAAACAAACAAGAGAAAAAGGCCAAUGAUUCCAGAUGAAGCCAGUGAAAAUGGAUGCAAAAUGAGCCCAAAAAGACAGCGGCUUGCCUCUGACGAGUCGCAUUUUGAAGAAUCCACCAAAAUGUCACACGAAAGUGGCACAAAAGUGACGAACACAAAUGCAGCUGAUAAGGAAGAGGAUCACAAGAAGGCGGUGUGUUAUUCCAAUGAGCGAGGCGGAGUCCCAGACUCAUCCGAUAAAAAACCCACAAGCAACAGACCAGACCAACGGAAAUCAUCCCUCUCUGAGAAUUCCCACACUUCACCUGUUCCCAAAAGUAACAAAGAGCCCGCCGAUGGGAGAAGCGGUGCUGGCUCAAGUCCUCGAAGCGCAAACGCAAAAUAUAAAGCGGACGUUUCUCCAACCAAAACAAAAUCAUUAACGUCUGAAGCUGCUACUAAAUCUGAAAAACCGAGAACCGUUCCUUCCACCGCUCCAAUGAAUACUUUGAAAUCUACCGCAGGCCCUUCCACACAGACAAAAACCACUUCAAAAACAUCCACUCCACAGUUCCAGACAGCGUCCAUGGCACCAAAAGGUCAAACGCCAUCUAAAGAAACAUGCAGCGCUGCAUCCUCAUCCGACACGGGAUCUGCAGCAACGCUUAAACGCAAACAUCCUCUCAAAUCCAAAGACCCGGCAGCACUUAAGACUGAGGAAGCGUCAUCUGCCGCUUCUGAAAUGGCUAAACCACAAGUCAUAAACGUAAAUACCAAACCUUCUGUAAAGACAUUGACGGGGGGAAACCCGGACUCUGAAACGGCCGCUCGCAAGAGGAAACCGCCGGCCUCCCAUCACCGGAAACCAGAAGAAGCAAAGAAGGUAUGGAAAGACCUGCCUCAUGACGCUUCGAGUAAGACGACGCCUGGUGGAAACUUUCCUAAAGUUGGAUUGAACUACCUUGUUGUGGUGUCCUGUGAGCGAAAGCAGCAGGUCUUCUGUCUGUUGUGUUCAGUCAGACUAAAUGCAUCCAGCCACCCGAGGAACCCCGUCCACCAGUACAAAUAUGUGAAAAUGAAAUAUCCUGAAUGGUCUGGGAAGGAGAACAUGGAAAACGAGUUAAGCCGCAUCGUUCAUAAGUUGGCAAAUGUUGACAAAGAGUUGCCUCACACUCAGAUUGUUCAGAGAUUGGAGGUGAAAACGGAUGAGUACCAAACACUGAGAAAACUCCCAGACCACUUGGCUAUAGAAAACGUGAAAACACUGUUGAAGCAGAGAGACCUGAAGGCCUCGUCGUCUCGCUUGGUCGAUGACACAGAGCAUCCUCCCAAGGACAUUUCCAGUCCCUGUGACGUUUCAAGCUCAGGUGAUUGGAUCCCAGCGUUUCACGAUGACAUGUCAGACUCUGCAGACGACCAUCAACUCUGGGCAAGCCUGGACCAAGCGUCGGAAAUUGAGUGCGCCGAUGAAGAUGACGCAGCCGUGUCUGCAGGUCAGUCAUUGAGCGAAACGAGCUCGGAUGAAGAAGACGUGCAAGUGGUUGAAGAGAUCCAGGAUGAAGCCAUGCAAACCCAGGAUCCACAACAAGUCUUGGAUCAAUGUGCUCAAGCUGAAGAUACGGCAGCCUCCGAUCCAGAAACGAUCCAGAAAAGUGCGGAAAGGCGUCGUCCAGCUGAGUUACAGAGACACCAGAGCUCAAGUGGUAAAAACCUAGAAGCACAAAAUCUGAUUCAGGAGCACCAACAAUCAAUGAGUGACAGUAAAAUUAACCCAAAUCCCAUUCCAGACUAUAAAGCUGAAGACGUAGCAGAAACUCCCCAGCAGAAUCAGCUGAUGGUGCAAAAUGACAGUCGGCCUCAUCGUGAAGUCGCGCUUUCAAGAGAGAGCCUGGCAACAAGUGUGGAAACGACGUCCAAGAAUCAAGAUAGUCUUCUAACUUCAGAAAGACAGCGGUUGAAGAGCGAUGCAGCUUUCCAGGAGCCGCAGAAAGCAGAGAAAGUGUCGCCUGCGACAGUGGCAGGAGAGCAGAACCAAUCGGGCCACAAAGCCGAACCAGCUCCCGCGCUCCACUUACGACCUGAAGAGCGCAGUUCUUCACAGGCAAACUCCGCUGCUUUGACUGGAAAAAAUGUUCUACAAUCCAGUGAUUUGCGAAUUUUCCUGACGGCAAGUAAUCAGGAUCCCAAUAAGGUUGCUGGCAGGGCGUAUGUGUGGGAGUGUCAUAGUUUAAAACAUCAGAAAACUUUCCUGUGCGAAACCUGUGAAGAGAUGCUCUCAUCCCGAGAUAUCUGUCAGCACAUGGUCAGCCUCGACCACCAGCUCAAAUUCUUGUGGAGGGAGGACCAAAGGUUCCUGGAAAUGUUUUGGCUGCAGGAUGACUUACCCACGGACUUUAAAAAUCAGGUUUUAAUGAAUGUUAUCCAAGAACUGUCAAAGCGGGAGAAGGCUCUUAAUGUUGAACCAGAGUGCAUAUGGCUGACAUCUGAGUCCCAUAAGUUUCUCCUAGCAGCUCCUUUCAGUAAAGCAUUAGAACUUUUGAAAAGCAUCAGAGAUAAAGAUUUGAGUGAUGAGUGUCAUCCAUCUGGCUCUGCUGGCCAUCAGCGUCACAAGAACGGACAGCAGACUGCAGAGCCGCAGAGCAUACAGGAGUCUCUUCCUGCAAACAGCAUGUCGGCUCAAAUGCUCGAAAAAGACCAAGGAAGGGAAAUGGCUGAUCAGAAUCCAGGUAAAGCACAGCCUAAAGAGCCAACCCCGGCUGAAAGCUUUGAUGCUGCUGGAAGUGGAAGAACCUCAGGGAUGGACGUAAUCUCUUCCUCUUCAAAGAAUGACCAUGUGGUCCUUCCAGACCCAAAUGUUGCUGCACAAAACCUGAGGCCUCUAGAAGUGAAUUCUCCAAACUCAAAGAUUGAUCCCGUUGUUCCUUCAAGCUCCACUGUUGUAGAUCUCAGUCUAGAGCCCUGCAGUAGUUCUCUCCAGCCACACUACAUAUCGUCCGUCUCUCAGAUUGGAGGAACCCCUCGUCCUCAAGAGCUGAAUGCUCCUUACUCAAGACAUAACCUCGUUGUUCCUUCGGGUCCCACAAAUCCCAAACCAAACACAUUUAGUGGUGAUCCUCUACAGCCAGGAUUCCAUACGGGUGUCUCUCAGCUCAGACGAAACUCUGGUCCUCUUGACGUGAGCUCCAACUCGGUAACUGAACUGAUUCCUUCAAGCUCUAUAAAUCUCGAUCAACCGAUCAGCAGUAUAAACUGGCGACUUGCUUCAAAGCUACUCUCUGUAUUAAAGACUGGAAAUCAGUCAGCUUUACAUACUGCUGAAAGGAGAGAGGGUAUGACAAUGAGCCAGUCACUUGUUCCUCAAGAAAACGCUUUAGUUCCCACCACUGACCUCGGAGAGCCACACAGGUUACACAUCAGUGUUCCUAAGGAGAUCAGCAGAAUAGGAAGGCCAAAGCCCAGUGAGACUGGGAUCAAUCAGCUGCCCAUUAAUGCCAUCAUAACCUCCAGGUCCAGCCACAUUAAGCAGACGUUCAAAGGCCAAACUCGCACUGACGUGAGCAGAUGGCAACAGCCGCCAACACCGAGCCACACUGAGACCGCGGCAUCUCCAGGAGGCGUUGACCCUUACAUCCAGCCUGCUUAUCCCCCAAGUAAUGUGCAUCCGGGUUCUGCUCCAACACAGAGCCAGCUUCCCCUCGAUGCUCUUGGAUACCAGCAGUAUCCAAGAGCUGGAUACUGCUGGUAUCCAAACCAGAGCUACCUUCAGCCGGUAGUGAACCCCAUGAACAUGCAUUCGUUCAGUUUCAGUUUAACAGAGCAGAUGCCUGUAGUUUGGACGAAUGCCGAUAUGCAGAUGUACAAUUCCAGAAGGCCAGAAAGUGAGCAGUGACUUUACCCAAUUUUGUUUGGUCAGCAUUUUAAAAAAAAUACAAUCUCUUCAGCUCAGUUUGGUGUUUUCUUUUAAUUCCAGAGCUCUGUCUAAUGUAAAUAUGACUUCAUAUCGUCAGUGUUAUCUUGUUAAAACAAAUAGGUGUUUAUCUUUCUGACCUAUUUCAAAGGUUAUAAGUGGUCUCACUACAAAGAGGCUUCCCGACUUGAAAAUGAUGUUAAGCUACCUCGGUGUUUUUGUGCAUGCAUGAGUUUUUUUUUUUUUUUUUUAUAAACAGGCAUAUUUCUUGUUUGAUGCGUCUGUUCAAUGUAAAAUACGUUUUAUUUCAUUGGUGUAUAUGAAUAAAAUGUAUGUUUUGUCUACUUUUUUACAAAAUAACUUUAGUCCAAUUGUUUAUUUGGACUAAAUCGUACACUUUGCAUGACUUUGAAAAAUCUGAAAGAGUUCUUUAUGGACAUGAAUGUCAUAAUCAGAAAACAAACUUGUGGAUUUUAAAUCCAGGCAUUAAGUUCAAAAUGGAUUUAUGGAUUGUAUCCAACAAACCCAGGUCUAAACUAGACACCCACCACCUCUAAUAUUAAGAUGAGCAUGCCUGUGGUGUAUUUUCUCAGUGGUGCUUUUCAUGGUGCUGAUGUAGUAAUGCUUUAAGAGAAACGGCUGCUGCUGCUCAUUUUGCAAGGGUCAGUUACAGCUUUACGCCGCAGCAGCAAUCGAUUGACAAUAUUGAAUAAAAUGGUUUUAAUAGAAAAUGAA